CUCACACCUCUGGAUCCAAGUGCUCCCAUGUGAGCCAUGCCACUGAUGACAACUUGAUAAGCACCAGCAGCUAGCCAUUAGCCGGAAGCUAACCACGCAAUAUAAUGUACCACACGCUUCAGCCCUGAUCCUGUCACUUCAUCGUCAUAAAUGCAUUCUGCAGUGGCGCUGCCGCGGCAGCUAACCGAAGUCGGUGCACAGAAAGAAGCAGGCUGAUCGAUCGAGCUGAGGUGCGAGGCGGGAGAGGGAUUCAUUCAGACGAUGAUGCCUGGGCCGUCGGCGUUGGCGUCGCAGGUGACCGCGGCGACGGCACUGCUGCUGGUGCUACUCCUGAUCGACGGCUGCGUCGCCGGGACGCAGAAGGUGGGCGGGCUGGACGCGUGGGCGGUGCCGCCGGCGUCCAGGCCAGACGUGUAUCUGCGGUGGGGCAAGUCCGCCCACGUCAGGCUCGGCGACUCCCUCAUGUUCCUGUACCCGCCGGGCCACGACGACGUCGUCCAGGUCACGGCGCGGGCGGCCGCGCGCUGCAGCGUGUCGGCGCCGCUGCUCAGGCUCGCCGACGGCAACUCCGUCUUCAACCUCACCGCGCCGGGGAGGGUGUACUACACCAGCACCCUGCCGGGCCACUGCCGCAAGGGGCAGAGGCUGUCGCUCGACGUGCCCACGGCCAACGGGACCUACCUGCCGCCCUCGGCGGACGACCUCGCUGCGCUCGCCUUGCUGGCCAAGCUGCCGCCGGCGGCGGCGCCGACCAAGGCCCUGCCGACGUUGGCUUCCCUCGACGACGAUGACUCCGGCGCCGCGCCACCGGUUGCCCGCGCAUCCGUUCUCGCUGCUGGUGUUGCCGCUCUGUGCUUUGCUGUCCUCGUGUACAAGGAGACGUAACGGAACAAAGAAAAGGAUACAGUCGGCAAAAAGCAAGUGCCCACAAACAGCUCAUGCAACUAAGUGAAACACAUGAAGUGGAUAUACAUAAAAUUCAUAUAUUUACUAACUAUAAAAAGUAAUAACGUGCCCAAAAUAACAAUUAACAUGACAGAUCUCUUUGAAGUUACCACGGAGCGAUUCAUAAAUAAUUGGUAAAUUGGUUUCCUCUAAUAGGGAACAUUUCAAUCUUCAAAGUCCAUAAACCAGAUAAAUAAAGACAAUUGCGCCGUUUAUCCUAGGUUAUGACUUGAGAUGAUUGAGGAGGUACAAUAUCAAUUAAUCAGAUACAUCUAUGUUUGGGAUGACUAUUUCUGGGGCGACUUACCAAAUGUUAUUAUUUCUCA